AUGGCCGCAGCCGCGGCCGUCUCGGCGGCGGCCUCCGCGGCGGCGGCGGCGGCGGCAGCGUCCGCUGUCAGGGCGGCGGGCGGGGCGCCGGUCGGCGGGCCGCAGGUCGAGCAGCAGCCGCAGCAGCAGCCGCAGCAGCAGCCGCAGCAGCAGCAGCAAGAACAGCAGCAGCAGCAGCAGCAGCAGCCUCAGUCAGAGGGCUCGUUCGCGUUUGGUGGGUCGUCGGUCGGCGGUGACAGCGCGGGCGGCGCUGGGGACUCGCGGAAGCAGUCGCUGGCCUGA